UUGAUUUGACUGACAGAGGCGGGGCUGUCAAGGGUUGAGAGUUCAACUUGCUGCUUUCUAGAACGGCGUGUUAGUGACAUUCUGGAAAAAACGCUGAACUUUUCUGUUUUAAUAUAUGAAGAAGUUAUAGAGAUGGUCAUCAGUAUCUGAUUUUCGUCCUAUUGUAUUUCCUUAGCUGAUAAUGCUGAAAAUGAAGCUGCCUGUAAAGCCGGAAGAAGGAAUAGUAGAGACGGCGGAGGACAAGCUGGCUGAAACCUUUGAAUGUAACCUCCAUCUUCCCGGUGCGGCUUGCCAGUCACUGCGUAGGCAUUUAGAUUCCCCGGACUUGGUACAGAAAAUUCAAGACAGGGAAACUGAUCUGGCAACCCGUCUAAUUAGUAAAGAAAUAGUGUACGAGUGGUUUGGGUUGCUGCUGAGCUCAGCUCAGCGAAUUGAGUUUAUUUGCGGUCUUCUGGAUCUCUGCAACCCACUGGAGCUGCGCUUUUUGGGGUCUUGUUUGGAAGAUUUGGCACGCAAAGAUUACCAUUUUCUUCGAGACUCUGAAAUGAGAGCUAACAGUCCUUCUGAUAUUGGGCAUCUUAAAGACGUGACAGAUACAGAAGUGCGGUCAAAGUUGUUGGUCUACUUGGCACUAAUGCGGUCUGAGAACCGAGAAUGUGCUGGACUUCUGUACCGCGUCCUUGCUCAUAUGGACACCUUGGUGAACAACUACCCUUUGCCAAAUACCUUUGCUUACCGUGGAAGCUCUGAACAUGACAGUAAGCACGGCUCUGAAGCGGAAUGCCCAGUUGAUAACGGAGUAAGAAUGGAAGACGAGCUGUUGCUGCUGCUUACUAUGGCCACACUUCACCCAGCUUUUACGUUUCGUCAAAGAGUUGGUUUGCGGGAUACGCUGGAAGAAUUAAAGAAGCGGGUGGCUGACUGUGCUUCUCGGGUAAAAGAUAACAUUUUGUUUUUAUAUGUUUGUACUGCACGCUACGACACCGUAUUCAGUUCGAAAAGAAUGGCGUACUGUUAUGUUGCAGAAUUGCAUAACACUACUCGGGGUGGGUGGGGGGAUUGA